AUUGUUAUUAUCCUUCAAAAUUAAAUCAGAGGUUUGAAUGUCUAAUUUUAAAAACACUAAAGUGGUCCAUGGAUUAAAGUAUUUAUUUUUUAAAUUGCAACUUGCAAUACCUAUUGAACAAAUUUUAAACAAAAAAAAAUCGAAAUUAUUAUAAUUUUUUUUAAAUUUUUAAUCUAUAGUAGCACAAUUCAACAGAUCAUUUAUUGCAAGUAGUGAAAUUCAUAUGCCAAAAUGGGCGGAACAUCUAGCACCACUCGAACUCUAGAAAUUGAGAAUCCAAAUGUGAUCACUUUGUCAGACAAGGUUGUUGAGAGACUCCGAGGUCAAGAACAGGUAGUACCAGUUGACCAGGCCUCACACAUUUUGCAGGCAUAUGUGCAACCAUCGUCUCUGCAAGUACAGAAAGUCGUUCAGCAAGAGCUAGAAGCCAAUGACAAGAGGUGGGAACAGCGUUUUCAACAUGUCAACACAAGUCAAAAAGCUCUUAGCCGCAAUGUCGAAAUAGAAUACAAAAAAACAUAUGAAAACGUCAUGAAAAUGUUACCUAUAAUUAAAGACGGAGUACUGAGUGAAGCUACAAUAGAAAAAGAAAAUGUUUUAUUGGAAUGUUUAACCAAUAACAAGGGAACCCCGUUGAAUUGCACCAACGCUGUCAAAGAUUAUCAAAAGGCGUUAUUUCAAUCCUCAAGUCAAAAGCUUUGAACAUUGGUAGUUCAAUAGAAACUUAUAUAUAGGAUUUCAAAUGUUUCAAUGAUAAUAUGAAAAAUUAUGCUUAAAUGUAUGAUAUUUUAAUUAUAUACAAUAUACUUUAAAAUCAUGGUAAGUAGUUCUGUUGAAAUGAAUAAAAGGCUACUUUGUUA